AUGAAUAGUGCAUGCCAGAUAGCUUUGGUUCCCACAAUGGUCAUCACUCAUCUGCGAGACCAGCACAGCAUAACUCUUUCCCCUGCUGAAAAGAAGGACCUCUUCCAUACUAUGACAGAUUUCCAUGCAUUGACAGAGUGUUCUGCACUGGUGACCCCUCCUCCUUGCCUGGCACCAGUGGAGGGCCUACGCAAGGUCCAAAAUGGCUACUGCUGCAAAAUGUGUGACUAUGCUGUUCCUAAGUUCACCACCUUCAAACGUCACUGGAGCAGGGAGCACAAAACGGAAGCUCACAACCUGUUUGCUAAUGAGGGGUGUACAACAGGGACUAUCCAGCACUUCUUCACUGUUCCAGAGCGCUGGUUUCAGGUCGAUGAGUCACUGGAAUCUUCUGUGGGUGAAGAACCUUUCACUGUCUUCUUAAGGGACAUUGCACCCACUUUGGCAGCCGAGUCUGAAAAUGUUUUGAUGGAACCAGUGAGUGCACAGGAGGUUCCUCCUCUCCUGAAGAUCACGUCGUGGCAUAUGCAUCUUGCAGACCACAUCUCCGACCGCAAAAAGGUCAAGUCACUAUUGCACCUUACCACCCUGCCAAAGAUUGCAGAAGAUUCAUCUCUUGCACGUACUCAGGACACUGUCCAGCAGUACAUGGAAAUUAUUCGUGAUUUGACCAAUGGCAGUGGUCUAGGGGUCUGUUGUCUGCUCAUGGACUGUCAACGCGCUGAACAGAACGGAAAGAUCUUCUCAGCACAGAAUGAACCGAGCACCCUCAAGGCCUAUGGCACUCUCCUCUUCCACUUUGUUUAUGCUAUGCUUGCCUCUCUUAAGACCCCUGAGGAUUGCUACAAGUUUCCUCUCACUGCCUCAGACAAAGCUCAUGCGGAUGGGCUCAUUGCCGCAGUGGAGACAGGCACUGGGAUGGAAGCUGUCCAGUCAUUGCACAAGUUCCUGCUGCCCCUCCUUUCCCCUCGUGUCUCACCUGGAAGACAUGACAAGUGGCAGCUUGUAAUGGAAUGCUUUGUCGCAGUCUUUUGCGUGCGUCCUGAUGGGCUCUUUGAAAAGCCUGAAAACACAAUGCAGACCUUUGCAAAGAUAAAGUACUUGGUUAGGGGAACCUGCCUCUAUGAGGCAGUACAGAUUGCGGGCCAAUUUAAUGACGAUGCAUACAGGGCCACAGAGUAUCAGGCAGGUAUCAUGCUCCGUGUUGCAGCCUCACUGAGUCCUUACAACAUGGCUGUUGACUAUCAGCGCAUCGCAUCACAUCUUGCAUACAGCCAGUCAUCUGCUCCAGCCACCCGUGUGUCAGAUGAUGGGCUCACAAUCUUCUACCGUGCACAUAAUCUCUACAUUCCAACCUGGCGUGCAGGACUCCGCCAGAUUCUCGACGAGUUGAAAGCUGAGCUGGAUUCCCUCAUAGGUGAUGCAGAUGCUAUGUUGAACAUCCCGGACAAAAUUCCGGAUGACUGGGUGAAUGAGACUAGGGGGUACUCCUGGAUGAAGAACACGGACUUUGGUGUGCACGAGCAUGCCUUGUUGAGAGCCCUUAUGCAGGAUGAGAGCUCUUCCUUUGGUAAGGUUGAUCGAAAUGGGAAGCUCAUUCAAGACAUUGCAGAGUACCGCAAGGUCCUGGACCGGAUUAGCCACAUCACCUGGCUGCUUGCAGUCCUAUGCUACACCCUUCCUGGGCAGGUCAGUAGGGCCAGUGAGUUUGUUGAGCACAAGAUUUUGAACUCCACACGGCCUAGGACAGUCUUUCGUGAUGGAAAGGCCAUCUGGCUCGUUAUCCGUCGUGCUAAGCAUGAAAACAAUAUCAGAAAACCUGUCUUUUGUCCAAGCAAGGUUCCCCCAGAGCUGUGCACUCAGCUUGAGCGGUUUCUCAUUUUUGUUCGUCCCCUCCAGAGGGUGCUUGGAGCUGCAGUUUUUGGUCCCAAGUGCAUUCAUCUGUACGAUGAGUAUCUUUGGGUAUCAAAAGGCAAACGCAUCACAUCAGAACAGUUCCGUGACCAGUUUCCUAAACUGUUGCUCAAGUACUGCCAUGCCCCUAUCGGUGUUCAUGAUUACAGGCAGUUUGUGGUGCAGAUCUCACGGACCUAUCUUGGCUCUGAGAUUGAGAUGGAUGAUGAGAUGGAGACUGAUAGCUAUGCUGCCCAGCGUGGGCACUCUGUGCAGACUGCACGCAGAAUAUAUGCCCCAGAGCUUGGCCGUCUUCCCUCAAUCUCCAGUGAAGCACUUCUCCGGUUCUCUUCAGCAUCCAGGGACUGGUGGACUGUCACAGGCUUCAUGCCAGGUAUACCUCCCAAGCUCCCACUCCUUCAUCGCCGCCAACUUUGGGAGGAAAACCAGGCAUCUGCCCCUGGACCGGCUGCAGGACCAGCAUCCACCUGUGCUGAAGGAGCUCAGAUCCCCUUUGAUGCUGUGAAGCUUGUAGAGCAGCUGACGGCAACAUUAGUGGACCAGAUCACCCGAGCUGAGGUACGGAUGGAGGAGAGGAUCAAGAGCAUUGUU